AUGACCGAUCAAGAGCCAUCAGUAUCCACAGAAGUAUCCGGAAUCGCCGAAGUCAAAGAAUGGCUCGCCAAAACCUUCGAAGUCGCCGGCAAACCCGUUCCGGAAUUCCAAUACACUCCGCGCAGCGUUUCUCACCUGCACCAUCUCUCUACACUCUCCAAAGCCAAAGAUGAAGCCGCUCGUCUCGUCGCGCGCGAUUUUCGACUCAAAGCCUCCGAAUAUAGAUCCCAAGCUGCAAGGAUUCGGGAAAUUCUUGAGAAUGUAGGUUUGGCGCAGGAGAGUUUGCCAUCUAGUGUGGUCGCGUCUGCGCAGGUUCUUGCGAAUGUGUCUAACUUGUUGAAUAUCAGAGAUACUGAACUUAGUAGUUAUCUUGUGGCAAUGGGUGAUAUUUCCCUGAGGAAGAUUGGUGUGGAGGAAAAAAGGGCUAAAGUGAAGAAAGAGUCGAAGUUUCUUCUCGAUUAUACUAGAAAGGCUUUAUCCAGGCUAAAUUAUUUGAAAAGAACAUACAACCAAUUGGACCAUGAACUACCUCUGUGUCAAGCUCAAAUGGAUAAUUGGAGCACAAACUUGCAAGUGAUGGCUGCAAAAGAAAGGCAGUACAUACAACAAUCUGCCAACUAUAAGGCGGUGCUCAACCAUACAGGCUAUACACCAGAGGUCAGCCACAGUGUUCUGGUUGAAAUGGCUGAGCAUAGGAAGGAGCUGGAAAAGAAAACUAAGCCCAUCCUUGAUACUCUUAGGAGCUACCAAGAUUUGCCUCCGGAUAAAGCUCUGGCUGCAUUAGCAAUUGAAGAUAAAAAAAGGCAGUUUGCUGCUGCUGAAAAACAUCUUGAAGAUGUAUUGCAAACAGCUCUUUCAAAUUCAGGGUGA